UGAAAUAUUUAUUGAACGCAACAGAUAAAUAAAUUAUAGUUUUAAACUUAAUCAGUUGAAUUUAAUAAAAAUACUAAAAUGGCACUGCCAGCAACAAAAGCAACAACGGCGACAACAACACACGCAGUUAUUCAAGCAAUCGAGAGUUAUAUACAAAAUCAAAAUUUAUUGGGCGAAAUUGCCGAACUGGAUGAAUUGUUGUACGACGUGAUUGAUUUGCACAAGGACAACGAAUUGGCACUAAAACGUGUGCUGCAGUGCAUUCACAAUUUGCUGCAGACCAACAACAAAUAUAAUGUGAAAUUCGGUGCAAAAGUGUUUCACAAACUCAUUGCGGUUGUUAUUGCCGGUGACAACAAUAGCAAUGGGCAGCAUGUUGAUAGCAACAAGUGCAGUCGGCAACUUGUUGCCAGCGUGCUCAUUUGUGUGCAACUCUAUGGCCGCAAAUUCCCGCGCAUUGAUGGCAAAUUCCUAAUCCGGCAACUCUGGUCGCUUUGCCUCAACAGUGAGCGACAACCGCAUGCUGCCCAAAUUCUGGUGCACCUGUUCGAUGACUUUGUCAACAAUCUGGGUGAGGAGUGCAUUUGCUCCUCCGAACUGCACCUGGUCAUCAAGAGUCUGCUGCAAUCAGAGACCCGAGAAUACCGAAAAUCGGCAUAUUUUCUAAUGCGCAAACUCGCCGACAUCAUGCAACAUAAAGAGAGAGAAACAAAGCUAUUGGAUACUCUAAAAUGCAGUGAACCGCAGUGGACUGCUUAUGUGACCAUCCUGGAGAAUCUGGAGGAGCAACAAUCGCAUCUGGUUCUUCCCACACUUCAAACUUUACUGCCCCGCGUUGUAGCGGGAAAUCGGAUGCCGGAUAAGGAUCACCAGGAUGGGGAAUCGAAAGAUAACUGGAUUUCAUGGCUACGUAUUUUAUACGUCCGUCUGCUGCAGGACAACAAUAUAUUGGUGCUCCGGUGGACACUCACAUAUUUUCUAAACAACUUUGAUGUGACCAAAUUGCGUAAGGCGAAUCUUCUGACCGAGUUUCUGGCAGCCACAAACAGAACACAACUCUACAAUGUCGAAGGAUAUUUUCUGCCAUCACUGGAAAAGGAGAAGUUUAUGGCAUCCACCGAGGACACGGAGAUGUUUUUAGAAGCACUGGUAACAGUUCAUUGGCACUCAGCUCCAUUGGUAUUUUGGUUACGCAACGUAAGGCUUGUUGCCUUAUACAUACUUAUCAGCAAAAAUCUGCUCCUGAAACUGAGCUCACAGGUUCGCACCCUUAAAAAUAGAAAGUUACGAAAAAUCGCCAUCGAUCUUGUUUUUGAAAUCUUUAAGGCAACAAUCGAGAGUUUGACACUGGGCGAAUACUUAGUUUUCAUUGAGACACUUUUUAAUAUCAGCGAUGAUUAUCUCCAUAUGGAUCUGGUGAAAUCAAAACUUCAGAAUUGCAAGAUAGAAGGGAAAAAUUUUGUUCCCUUAAACAAGCGUUGCUACGACAUUUUUACAAAUAAUUAUCGGAUUGAAGAUUGUAUAUGGGUCUAUUUCUCAUGGAUUUUUCAUGAUAUAUUUUAUAUAUUAAAACAAUUUCCAACGAAACUUCAUGGAUGGUGGCGUUUUCAUCCAUUACUUUCUUUAAUUCGCGCAGAGCCUAGUAAUACUAUAGAAAGAGAUUUAAGUCUGGACUUCUAUAGCACUUAUUACAAUGUGAAUACAGAGAUUUUUAAAAAAAGUAACCUUUGCGAAGUUCAAAAGCAUAUGAUUCAACAACUGAAGUGUCAAACGAAAGAGGAGAAGAUCUUUGUGAGGGAUCAUUGUACAGAUUGGUUUUACAGGGCUAACCUGCAACGAUGGAGUCAAAUUCAGACGCAUUUAAAACCCCUUAAUCUUGUGGAACGUGGCACAAUUUUUACGUUUCGACAUUUGGCACAACUAUUAGGCAAAAGUGACACUCGAAUCGAAGAUAAUGAUAAUGUACUUAAAGCUUUUAAGGAUCGGCUGCAGAAACAUCAAACGUGUGAAGAAGCUGUUAUGGGGAUUGUAAAUUACGCAAAGAAGCAUCUGAGUGAUAUUGAAGCUGAGAAAUUAUGUGUGGAUUUGCUUGAAAACCGUAAAAGUUCGAUAACACAGAUAAUUUUAUUCGCUGCGAAAACAUUAAGUAUAUCCUAUAUUGUGGAGAGAAUUCUCGAUGGGGAUACCAGCACUGGAGAUGCACGCAUUGAGGACGCCUACAAAGAGAGUUUAGACACCCUUGCACACAAUGACUUAAAUCUACGAGAUAAAUUUAUCGAGUCAAUCCAGAAACAGUCAAAGAAAAGAAGAAAUGCCAUAAGGGACUCGCUGCUUUUUAUUAACAAACAAUUGACAGAAAAGAAACCACGAUAUUUUGAAAACUGUAAGGAGCACAGACGGAAAAUCCGGAUUGCUAGGGCAUUGUUGGGCAUGCAAGAUCAUAUCAAUUGGUCGGAUGAGAUGUGGAAUUCAUUAAUGGUCUGCAAUGAUCAGCUAAAUGUCAGCUACAUGUAUGAGUGCCUUGUGGCAAGACUUUUGCCCAACUUUGAUAUGUUAUUAGAUCGAAUGCAGUUAAUGGAGUCUAUGAAGCCAAGCCAACAAGUUUCGAUAACUUCCGUAGCGCACUUAUAUUGCAUUCGGAACUGGGACAUCAUUGAAUCAAAGCAUUUGCAGAAAGUCGUCACUUUGCUUUUGCCUCUUACAAUGGGAGCAAAUUUUCAAACCCGUCUACUCGCUCAAUUGGUUAUUCACACGUUUGCAGUGAAAUGCGAGCAGACCAGCAUUGACUUGCCUGUUCUCGAAACUUUAAAGACAGCUAUAGAAUCGACUUUGGGAUCUAAAUUACAUACUUUUGAAAAUGAAACUCGUCUCACCUUAUCGAAAGUAAUGGAUUAUACUUCAAAGAUGGACAAUCACCCCCAAGCAAAUGUUAUCUUGUAUAUGACAAAUGCACCAUUUGAUGAAUACAGCAAAUUCGGUAUGAACUACCAGCUUAAAAACCAUCUAGAUGAGCACCGAAAUGUCCUAAUAACGAAAAAGAAACUAUCAACUGCUGCACUUGAACUGCCAAUUGAGAUAGACAAUUUAAAUGUGCAGAGAAAGGCAAAUCCCAUGAAUAAUAUAUUCAACACAGAUGAGACUAUUGCAAUGGAUUCUCAACACAAUGAGCAAGACCUGAUUGUGGUAGCGUCCUUAAUAGAUAAACUACCCAAUCUUGGAGGUCUAGCUCGCACCUGUGAAGUAUUGGGUGUCAAGACAUUGAUCUUAAGCGCCAAGUCCAUCGUUGAUAAAUCGGAUUUUACGAAUUUAAGUAUGACCGCCGAAAAGAGUUUGAAUAUUAUGGAAGUGAAACCUGGAGCACUUGCUGCAUUUUUGAUUGAGAAACAAUCCAUGGGUUAUAAAAUUGUUGGUGCCGAACAAACAGCGCAUAGCGUGAGUUUUACUGACUUUAAGUUUCCCGAAAAAUGUGUCUUGUUGUUGGGUCAUGAAAAACAUGGUAUUUCUGUGGAUUUAAUUGCUCUCUUGGAUUUUGCUGUUGAAAUACCACAAUUUGGAAUGGUGCGAUCGUUAAAUGUUCAUGUGACAGGAUCUCUGUUCAUUUGGGAGUACUGCAAGCAGCAUUUAACUAAAAAGUCAAAUCGAUAAACAGAAUGGCCAGUUAACAAAAUAUUAAUUCGAUUAGAUCGAUCAAUAAAAUAGCCUUCUCUUAAAACCGUAAUCAAAUACUAAAUUCCUUUUGAGCUAAGAGAAUAAAUGCUUUAUACUUUUAUAUCAAAAA